AUAACCGGGGAAAAUUAGUUAGUAGGUCAACUUGUACAAGACAUUCAUCAAAGCAAAAAAAAACAUGGCCUAAUUCGGCAUAUAUUCCGAAUCAACGACGAAAUUUAAUUACUUCGAUUUCGCAAAUUUCUUCAGCAGUUGCAUCAACGUCUUCUGCUAUUCCAUCAAUAACAUUAUCUUAUACUAGCCAAAGUGAAAAAAAUCAAAAUUGCAUCAAUACGGAAUUGAAUAACCUAUUUAGCAGUAAUGAUGAAUAUAAUAAAAUAUUAGAGAGUGAAAGGGAGUAUGAAGAGUGUAAUGAGAAAGAUAAUGAGAAGCGUAAUGAUGAAUAUAAUAACGAAGAUAACGAAGAGUAUAAUGAUGAAUACAAUGAAAAAGAUAACAGGAAAGAUAAUGAUGAGUAUGAUGAAGGACAUAGCGAAGAUACUAAUAAAGGAUAUAACGAAGAUAAUGAUAGUGAGGGAUAUAGCGAAGAGGAUUAUGAGGGAUUUAACGAUGAUUAUGGUGAAUAUAAUGGGAAUUGCGAGGAAUAUAAUGAAGAUUAUGAUGAAUAUAAUGAGGAGCGUAAUGAAGAAGAUAAUAAUGAACUCAAUGAAAAUAUAAAUUUAGACGCAGCGUUUAAUGAAAUUCUUAAAACCCUUGAGAUUUCUGAAAUUACGAUUUACAGACUACAAAAAAUUCUUGGAGAUUUUGUUCCUUUAAAGCCAAUACUCGUGGAUUGUUGUAUUAAUUCAUGUGUAGCAUUUACAAAUGAGCUUAUUAAUAUGAAUCAAUAUUCAGAAUGGUAUCCAGAAAAAGUGCCGCCUACUGGUCACUUAUAA